AUGCCGAGUCCUACUAAGAAACGGAAGCUUAAUAACGGCACCAAGUCAACAACUCCAGCUCGGGGUCUUGAAUAUUUCUUCUCAAAACAAAAACAGAAUGAUGCAAACUCAAGCAAAAAGCCUAAGAUUGAAGAGAGUGAUGGAGCAUCAAGUGAUGUUCCGACGGAAAUGACUGAUGAGGAAUUGGCUAGGAAGCUCCAGGCCGAAUGGGAUCAAGAGGUUGCCAAUACGCCGCAAGCCACCCUCCAGGAACAGACUGUGCAACUUCCAAAUAAGCACAAUGUAUCGGUCUCUAGGGAUGAAAGCCCAAGUCCAACCGCUCCAAGAUCUAAGCCGUCAUUCACCCUACCAACAGCUUCCAACAAGCCUACAGACAACAAGGCGAAACCUACACUUGGCCUUCAAGCUGCUGGCAUGGCCGAGGAUACGACUACUACAUCAAUACCGUUCGACGAAUCGCCUCUGACAUUUGAUCCACAGGAAUACUUGGAUCAAUUAAAAGAACACUGGGCCUCUGAAGGUGGUAACGCAUCAUAUGCAUUACUCACUCGAUGCUUCAUUCUCAUCAAUGGCACAACAAGUCGAAUCAAGAUCGUAGACACACUUGUGAAUUGUUUAAGGGUCCUCAUCGAGGGCGACCCAGCAAGCUUGUUACCGGCAGUCUGGUUGGCGACUAAUGCGAUCUCUCCCCCUUAUAUAUCUAUGGAGCUGGGGUUGGGUGGAUCGGCCAUAUCGAAAGCGUUGCGAAAUGUUUGCGGGCUUGAUAGCCGGGCUCUCAAGGCUAUUUACGACAAAUAUGGCGAUGCUGGAGAUGUGGCUUUCGAGGUCAAGAAGAAACAGAGUUUCACCCUGAGAAAACCAAAGCCUUUGACGAUUAAGGCUGUUUAUGAGUCUUUAGUGAAGAUUUCCAACAGUCAGGGACAGGGCAGCGCAGACACCAAGCAGAGAAUAGUUGACCGUCUUCUACAAGACGCCCGUGGCGGCGAGGAGAGUCGGUUUGUGGUGCGAACUCUCUGCCAACAUCUACGCAUCGGUGCUGUCAAAACGACAAUGUUAAUCGCCUUAUCACGAGCCUUCCUACUUUCACGCCCACCAGGGGCUGACUUCCCUCUCAAAUCGGUGUCUGACCUAGCCAAACUCAAGAAAGAAGAUCUAGCUGAAGUCUGGAGCCGAGCUGAGGAAAUAGUCAAAGCUUGCUUCGCUAGGCAUCCAAACUACAGCGAUCUCGUGCCCGUUCUCCUUGAAAUCGGGAUUUCCGAGGAACUGUUGAUACGAUGCGGUCUAACCCUCCAUGUCCCGCUGCGCCCUAUGCUUGGAAGUAUCACGAGAGACCUGUCCGAGAUGCUUACUAAACUACAGGGAAGAGACUUUGCGUGCGAAUUUAAGUAUGACGGUCAGAGAGCCCAAAUACAUUGUGACGAGAACGGAAAAGUCAGCAUUUUCUCUCGACAUUUAGAAGUUAUGACGGACAAGUAUCCUGAUUUGGUUGAGUUGAUACCAAAAAUACGUGGUGAAGGUGUCGAUAGCUUCAUCAUGGAAGGCGAAGUCGUGGCUGUUGACCGUGAAAGCGGAGAACUCAAGAACUUCCAGACACUCACAAAUCGAGCGAGAAAGGAUGUUGAUAUUGGAACUAUCACGGUAGAUGUUUGUAUGUUCUCGUUCGAUUUGAUGUACCUCAAUGGACAGCCACUACUGGAUCGACCAUUCCGAGAAAGGCGGGAGCUUCUGCGGUCGCUUUUCAAAGAGAUACCGCAUCAUUUUACCUGGGUAAAAAGCCUUGAUGCUAGGUCAGCCGACUCCGAGUCGGUCCUCGAAUUCUUCAAAGCUGCCACAGACGCCAAGUGUGAAGGAAUCAUGGUGAAAAUCCUGGACAACCUACCUUCGGAGCCGAAUUUAGGGGAAGAGGGACCGGAAGGAUCUGAUAAAACGUUGACACCGAGCUCAAGGUCAAAGGGGAAAGGGAAAUCAAAAGGCAAAAAAGAUCAGAAUGGAGAAAAGGCCAAGACAAGGAGGAAACCAUUACUGGCGACAUACGAACCAGAUAAGCGGCUCGACUCCUGGCUCAAAGUCAAGAAGGACUAUAACUCAAGUUUCGAUACGCUUGAUCUUAUCCCUGUCGCUGCUUGGCAUGGACAAGGACGCAAGGCGAAAUGGUGGUCGCCUAUGCUCAUGGCUUGCCGCAAUGAGGAGACUGGAUCUCUGGAGGCUGUGUGCAAAUGCAUGUCUGGUUUCACAGAUAGCUUCUACAAGGCUAACCGACAGUUUUAUGACGAUGGUGAAGAGAGCGGCGAGCCUCAGAACACGAGAACCACACAACCCAGUUUUGUGGAAUACUCAGGACCGAGACCUGAUGUUUGGUUCGAGCCACAAGAAGUGUGGGAAAUGGCUUUUGCGGAUAUUACGUUGAGUCCAACCUACACUGCAGCAAUCGGGCUUGUAAGUGACGAGAGGGGGUUGAGCCUGAGAUUUCCGAGAUUUAUGAAGAAAAGAGAGGAUAAGAGUCUCGAAGAAGCGAGCACAAACGACUUUUUGGCCGGCCUUUGGCGCAAACAAGAAGCAAAGGCCGCUUCGAAGAAAGAGAACAAGGAUGAAGCAGGGGCGGAAGGAGAAGAUGUAGAAGAAGCUGAUGAUUGA